CGUGAAUAACUGAUCACUAUUAUGACUAUCUUAUAAGGAAUGGAUCGAUACUCAGACAGAAGACUGUAUAUCGUCUAGUUAUUCCUGUAAAAAUACCGCUUGAGGAAAUAUUAUUAUCAAUGGAAUACAAGGAAAAACUGUACUUGGAGUGGAAUGAAAAUGUCCACUACGCUCUCGAUUUUUCAAAGUGGUGGUCUAAAGCAUUAGGCGUCUGGCCAUGGCGACCUAAUCAAAUUUUAUGUACCGUCCAAGCUAGUAGCAUCGCUUCGAUUGUGAUGACUGCCGCCGUAUCAUCAUCAAUGCAGUUAUUGACCAAGGGCAGCUGUGGAGUGAUAACAGAUUUGCUGGAUAUUUUGUCUGGUAUCUUAGUAUUUAGUGGGACAGCUGUUAAAAUUAUUUGUCUCUCCUUUCAUCAACAACAAAUGCGUUAUAUCAUUUUAUCAAUGAUUGAUGAUUGGCUUAAUAUUAAUGAAACAAAGUCAUGUAAAAUCAUGUAUCAGUAUGCGUAUUGGGGGCGUUUGGCGUUUAUCUUACAAAUUACUGGAACAUUCGUAGCUAUGGCGUUGACAACCUGGAUCGAUCCCCCAACAAUAAAGAGCGAGAUUUCGCAAAAUGAUAGUGCAGCCAUAAGACACAUGUUACUGGCACCUUCAUGCUGGGUUCCAAUUACGAUGUCCCUCAAUGUUUACUUGCUUUACUACAGUUUCAUGUUUAUCGCUACAUUCUGUUCAGUAUUGACAUAUGCAGGAUGUGAUGCAUUCAUGUUCAGUGCAGCCCUACAUUUAUGCGGUCAGUUCGAAAUACUCGAGGCAAAUAUCGAAGACCUGAGCGAUGAGGAUAAUCAGUCAAUACAGAAAUAUAAAAUUAAGAAAUACUCAAAGCGUCAUAAUCAUUUGAUUCUACUGGGGAAACGUAUGAAUAUCCUGGUCAGCGGUAUCAUCCUGUCGGAACUUCUGAGCAAUAGUGUUCUCAUUUGCGGUUCAGGAAUUGUAGUGCUGGCUACCGUUCAGACGGGCAAUGUGAAUCGUGUAGUGAUCAGUUGGGCAGCAAGGAUAUAUGUUUGGUACAUGGAAUUCUUCAUGUAUUGCUAUGUAGGUGAAAAAAUAGCGAGCCACGCAGACAGAUUGCGAAGUAUUGUAUAUAAUUGUCGGUGGUAUAAUAUGUCAUUUCAUAUUGCCAAAGAUAUGGAAUUCAUGAUAAUGCGUAACAAUUAUUUUUGUCAUUUGACCGGUGGUGAUUUUUUAAUUAUGAAUCAUGAAAGUUUUGCGAAAAUUACAAAAGUUAUGUUUUCAUUUUUUUCUGUUCUCAGAUUUAUGAUUGAACCAUAGCGAUAAACCUGAUUACAUUAUAAUGGUUACAAAUUCUCUUAGCAUUUUUUUAUUUUCUAUGUCUGAACAAGAAUCGUAUGAUAAUAUCAGGACUUAAGUACUGCCUUUCACCUGAAGGACGAAGAGCAACUCGAUACAAUUGACAAUUCAGCAGAAAUGAAAACUCAGAAUAUGUUCCCAUUUGGGUUUUUUACUGAAUCAACAUCAGAAAAUGGAAGGGUUUUUGCAAAGAAAAAAAGUGAAAGUGAUGGGAGAACGAAAAUGUUCUCCAGAGAAAGACACUGGAACAUUUUUCACAAAAUUACUUUCAAAAGCAUGAUUUUGGAAGAUCGCCAUCGUCCUUAGAGACUCGUGAUGGAGCUAAGAGCUAUCAAGCACAUGACAACGGUCAUUAAGCACUUUUCGUAGAAAGGGAAAUGGCAAUGUGUCCCCUUUUUAUUCAAUCCCAGGAUUAUUUGCGGGUGUGGUUUAUAGUAGUUAUCUACUUUUCUUAUCAUUUAGAGGUAAAUUAUCAGUAUCGUACUGGGUGCCAGAAAUCGCCGAUUGCCAAUAAUAAUUCAGAACCAAGGGCUGGCGAUCCGCACGCUGUUGGUCCCAUUACGUUCCGAUUCUCUUCAAGAUCGACGUAAACACAGGGAUGUCCUUUUCUUUAUUUACCUCAGUCAGUGGAAAAAUUACAAUCCCACCGCAUGCAAGAAUACUCCAUCGACUUAUAGAGAGCCCAAUUUUCGUCACAUAUCAUCACAUAUAUUUUUAAAAUCAUCAUUCGACUGACUCAGAUAAUUAUUAUUAUUGCUAAAGACAGGCUGAGACCCUCGGCAAUGUGGAUGAACCCUGUGAACCAACCGUUGAGGCUGUGUCAAUCGUCAUCGAUACAAAUAUCGAAACGAUUGUGGACUCAACUAGACUUGCGAAUUCAGUUGGUACAUUGCAUUGACGAAUUCAACAUUUGGUCUUUCACCCAAAAAUCCACUCAGGUCCAAGAUACGUUAUGUGGCAUAAUCUCCAGUAAAGUUGACAAAUUGGCUCUGUCUGCCAGCCUGAGUCAGGACUUGAAGCGUGUCGUGGGUGCGAUGGGAACGAGAAUGCAACAAUGGAUCCUCAAACUAGGGAAAAAUGGUAUCAAUUCAGUGGAUCUGGCAGAAUAUUUCCGUCACCUCCAGUGGACAUAUCAUGGAUGUAUCGACGAGUCUGCGACCGUACACUCGAUGUAUCUCUCCCAUGCUCUCCCGUACAACUUUAUCACAUGGCUUGAGCUUUGUGAUCACUGUCUCGAGGAUGACAUCAGGGACUUGUGGCCUAAAUUAUUAGAACGGACGGAGGGUCCCCGCUCAUUGUGUCAGACGGUUCUAUCGUCUUACUGGUGUUACCGUCUACAGAAUGAUCUGGAGACGAGCUUGGAUGAUUUGGAAAGUAUUAUCCCACAUUGGAUGGACGAUCAAUCUCUGGACGAAAAUUUAUUUGCGUAUUCUUUCCUUUUUGGUACCUGUGCAUCAAUGAAAUAUUUCUGGGGGCUAAUGAGCGAUGAUCAGAGGAAAGCAAUUCUAUCUCGUGUGUGUGAAGUGGUCAUGGAUGAUAUCGACCUGCUACCGAAGCCUGAUAUACUUUAUUUUCUAGUCCAACAGAUUUUUUUCUAUAAACAGAAUCAUCUGUGGAUGCUGCUGCUACUUUCAAAACGUUUCCUUAUGAAAUUCAUGGCCUGGCCUUAUGAAGAGUUAUUCUUGCACGCUGUGGAUGAGUCGUGGGAGCGCCAUGGGCCCAUGGAUUAUACGCCAAUUCUCGUCGAAAUGACCAAAUCCAUGGAAUUUUUAUUCUCACAGGAGUCCAUUAUUUUUGAUGAAAUUGUGGAGAGGGUCGUUGAUAAUAAUAAAGGGCGUAUUGACUUUGUCAGAGUCCUGAAUGAAUCAUGGGAAAUGGAGAACAUUAAAAUGAUGAAUUGUAUCAUCAAUUCUCCUCGUCUGACCACACUUCGGGACUUCCAUACGUCCGUGAUAAUACAAGCGUUUAAGGGAAGACCCUAUUUUCUAAAGUCUGAUUUUGGGGACAGAUUUCUGAAUGAUGUUUUUGCUUCUGAGACAGAACGAGAAUGGUUCAGAUGUCAAGUUACGAGACAAGAUGAUUAAUUUUUUUGUUUCAAGGAAAUCACAAUACCGCGGCCAAUGUUAUCGUUCUUCUUUGUAAAUUUUUUAACGAUUUUUUUCCACUGUUAAUUUUUGUCUGACAAUAUUUCCCACGUGGAUUGCAUCAAUUUAUUUAAGCAUUUAUUUGUUAAACAUGUCAUCUGUCACACAUUACUAUGUUUCAUGUACUUAUAAACGCUCGAAUCGUAAACAUUCAAAAAGUGACUAAAUAAAUAAAGUUCACUGCAUUAUUACCAA